GAAGGGAUUCCUGAGUAAUUAAGCUGAGAACACAAGGUGAGAUUUUGGAUGGACUACAGAAUCCGUCUGUAGGGUUCUAAGGGUUAAAUCAGAUCAAGAUUUAGGGCUCAGGCACUCAACAGACGAGUUGCUGGGGCACGACAUGUGACACCUUUCCUAGGAGGGUUUAACAGGGGCCACACCCUCCACCCGAGUUCUCACAGGUAAACACAGGCAGGAUGAGUCGAGGCUUGCUGGGAGUUUGACGUAGGCUGUGGAGAGCUCCUGCUCUUCAAAACAAGACGCCCAGUCUCCUGCAGGCACAGAGGGGUUGAGUGCUGUUAAAGAUGUGAAUCUGUGUAGGAUUAGUAAUAGAUGCCCACCUGAUAAAGAGAAGGGAAGGACCGACCAAAAGCCAGGCCCCCGGGAGCCAUUCCAGAGCAGGAGCCUUGGUCUAAAUGGGUCCGGUCAUGCCUCCCAGUAAGAAGUCCGAAGCUGCGGGGGUCAGUGUUGCGAGUGGCCUGAGUCAGCUGUAUCAGGUGGGGUCGAUCACGCAGGCUCUGCGCGAGGCGGAGGAGAUGGACCUGGCCCUGCCGCUGCCGGCCGUCAAGCUGGAGAAGAGCAGCGUGGAGGACGAGGAGCUCACGAACCUCAACUGGCUCCACGAGAGCAAGAACCUGCUCAACAGCUUCGGAGACCCCGUGCUGCGGAGCGUCAGCCCCGUCCAGGAGCUCGACGACGACACCCCGCCCUCCCCGGCCCCCUCGGACCUCCCGUACGACGCCAAGCAGAACCCCAACUGCAAGCCCCCUUACUCCUUCAGCUGCCUCAUCUUCAUGGCCAUAGAGGAUGCGCCUUCCAAGAGGCUGCCGGUCAAGGAUAUAUAUAACUGGAUCCUGGAACACUUCCCCUAUUUCGCCAACGCCCCGACGGGCUGGAAAAACUCAGUCAGGCACAACCUCUCCCUCAAUAAGUGUUUUAAGAAAGUGGACAAGGACAGGAGUCAGAGUAUCGGUAAGGGCUCCCUGUGGUGCAUAGACCCAGAAUACAGACACAAUCUCAUCCAGGCGCUGAAGAAAACGCCUUAUCAUCCCUACUCCCAAGUGUUCACCACGCCUCCCACCUCUCCUCAGGCAUAUCAAAGCAUGUCCAGUCCUCCAAUCUGGCCAGGAAGCCCCUUCUACAGAAAAAACAAGGGAGUCCUCCUACAAGUCCCUCAGGGAGUGAUCCAUAACGGAGCUCGCAUGAUGAGCCAGGGCCUCUUCCCAGGAAUCCGGCCCCUUCCCAUCAGUCCGAUUAGCAGCAGAACGGCCGCAGUCAGGUCAGUCCUGGCCGGCUGCAGAAUGCGCAGCGACAGCGAGCCGUCCUGCGACUCUCCGCUGGUCAGCAGCGACCCCAAGGAGGACCACAACUACAGCUUCGCCAAAUCUUCCAGCUCCGCACCCGGAGAGCAGCCCCCCCUCGACUGCAGCCAGGCCAGCUUCCACGGCCCCGAGGCCGGCAGCGACACGGAGGAGGAGGACAAGAACAAGAUCAAGAAGGAGCCCAAGGAGUGGUCAGUGGACGCUCUGGCCCUGGCCCAGGUCCAGCACAAGAAACGGCAACAUUUAACAAAGGCCAAACAGAGAGUGGCCAGUGACACGCUGCCCUUAAAAAAGAGGCGCACGGAGAAGCCUCCGGAAAGCGACGACGAGGAGAUGAAGGAGGCGGCCGGCUCUCUGCUGCACCUGGCUGGCGUCAGGGCCUGUUUGAACAAUAUCACCAACCGGACGGCCAAGGGCCAGAAAGAGCAAAAAGAGUCCAUGAAAAAUAACUAAAAUUGACUGUGUUCUAAGGAAGAAAAAAAAACAUCACUUUUAAUAGAAUUUACUAUUUUUUUCCAGGACAUCAGGUGAAUUCUACUGAUUUGUGGCAAUAUCAACAAUCACUUUGUUUUCCUAUCUUUAUAGGUAAUGUUGUUGAGGGUUCUUUAUUUUAUUCUGUCUUUUAUUCGUUUUUAUUCUUUUUUGGUUUUGUUUGGUUGUUUCUUUGUUUUCUUAUGUUUUUUUUGUCUUUUUAUUCAAAGGAGAUUAAAGCCAUAGUGAAACCUUUCUAAGAUGUUUAGCUAAUUCAGUAACGGGUUUUAUUUGGCUGAUAUAAAUAUAAAAUAUAAAAGUGACUGAAAUAGGCAGAAACCUGCCCCCUGCCCCCUACCUUCUGCCCCUCUACACCAGUCCAACAUGCAUGGACUCAUCCCAUCAGUAUCUUAACUAUCCAGUGGUGAGUUGAGUGAGAUGAGUGGCUGAGAUGAUGAUGCUACAUGCUACAUGAAGCAGGGCACUAAAAGGGCUUGUGUAGGUGAAAUAUGGAGGUUAGCGCAGGGCUCCUUCCUGCCAUGACUUGCUGCUUCUUUGUGGAGAAGCUCAGCAGAGCACAAGGGCAGGACAGAGGCAGGGCCAAAGACAAUCCUUUGGUUGGGCUGCUUGAGGAGGCAAGACUGCACUCGCUGCCCUGAUCGUUGAUCCAGUCCAGCUGUAUGACUGUAUUUAAGCAUGGACACUCUGGUUCCGUUCACUUCGUUUAAUAGAAAGCAAUCCAGAAUUUGUAACCAGAGUAAUCUACUAGUAGACCCGCCCUUCCUUCUCCAAGAACAAGUGUCUCAGACCAAGUUUAAAAUGCGUGAUAAAAAGAUGGGGGGUAAUAAAAAGAUACUGAUAUUAGCACACAAAAAAGAUGGAUGUAAUUGGACACAGGAGAAAAAUGCUAUUGAACAUAGGUGGGGUUGUUUUGUCAGUAAAACAUAUGAGGAUGGGCGGAGACACUCAGCAUACUGCAACCAGCCAGCAGAGGCUCUAGACCUGUGGUGGGUUCACGUUUGAGAGUCUUCGAGAGCACUGUCCCUGCUUAUAUACAGUCAGUGAUCCAAUUCAGCAAGAUUGGAGUGGGGUAGGUUGGGUUUGGUUGGGUUGGGUCAGGUGACGUUGGGUUGGGUUGAGUUGAGUUAGGCUGGUUUCGGUCAGAUUGGGUUUGGUCAGGUCAGGUUGGGUCGGGUCAGGUUGGGUCGUUGGGAUCAUGAUGGUGCAGCGGCUGUGAGUGAGUGUAUUGGCUGGAGUCCACCUUCAAUCAGUGAAAUAAGUUGACUAAGCCAUAAGACUUUGUCAAAGUGCUUUUCUUCGGACACAAAUAAUGUACUAUAUAUUAUAUAUUAGUGUAUGUAUUGAGACGUCCUAAUAACUGCCCUUGUUCUUCCCUAAGCAAUUAAAACCAGUGAUAUAUUGUUCUUGACUGAUACGUGACAGUGAUCUUUCUCUUUGUGGCACAAUAACAAUGGUCAAUAUGGGCUACAGAACCUGCCAAUUGUGUUUUAGUGAUACAGAAAAAUAAUAAGAUGACUGUGGAAAUGUUUUGUGAUUUGUUUUUUUGGUUUUUGGUUUUUGUCUUUUGGUUUUGUUCUGUUUAUUUGUAUUCUAUUUUAUUUUAUUAUUUUUUACGGUUGUUUAUUUUUUGCCUAACCCUCAAGAUGUAAUAAGCAAUUUCAUCCAGUCAGGAUAACACUGUAUAAAAGUUACACUAGACAUCUUUUCCUCUCUUAAUUUAAGCAAUGUAGCCAGCAGGAUUUUUCCAAAUCGUGUUGCAUGGGUUCUGUAAAGAAAAAGAAAAAGAAAAACCUUCUUUUUUUAUUCAAAAAGUUCAUGUAAGGUAAAUAAUGUAUUUAGCAUGGAGCAUGAAUUAUUUUCAUAUAAAUAUAGAUCCUAGAGAACAAGGCACCGCCUCUAAUUUCUAUGCCCAUAGGCCUAGAGUCACUUCUGUUGGGGUUUAUUUUGUUCCGUUCUGUUUUAUUUGUUCAUUUUCCGUCUUAAUCGGAUGGGUCGUCCUCGUCGUCGUACUUGUUUUGAAGCAGGCAUUUCAAGAAUAACCUUCUUCAGGGACAAACACUGACUGUUGGGCAACACUCUGUGCAAUAUGGGAAUUUAUUACUCGAGUAGGGCUCGGCCUCCGUCUACGUCUCCCGGCCCCUCGCUCGGCUCUCUCACUCUCUCGGCCGGUGUCGCUCCGGCGUCGGGGAGGUCAGUGUCAGAAGGAGAAGUUGGUAGUGAGUGUGGGUCUUCGAACCUGCUUUUCUUCCGUGUGCUGUGCUCCGUGUGUCUGGUGCCAGUCGUGAUUUCCGGGGGUCUUCCAUGUACACAGCACAGGACUCCACCUCCACCUCCACACUGCCAUGGCUCGUCUUAAGAUUUACAUUGUAGCACUACUUAGAUCAGUUAUCAGUAUUACAUUUGCAGAUCUUCACACACAUAUAUACAUAUAUACACACACACAUAUCGUUAGUGUUGUCAUACAAAAACCUUGUAUCUUUAGAAAGAAAAUAUUUUCCGGAGAAGCAAGCAAAGAAACAUAGUAAUGUUUAAAGGAGACUUUUGGGUGUAGUAAAACAUGAUAAAGAGUAUUAACCAUUGUUGAAUAGCUCACCUCCUCUCUCCUGCAGCUUUCCAACAUCCAGUGAUGUUGUGCUUUUUGCCCAGCACUCUUUACAACAGCCGCUUUGGGGCAUUCACUUCCCCCUGCAGAUAAAUCUCUUUUUACACCAUUAUCCAGGCUCAAAGGUGAACUUUGGACUUUUGUUGUAGUAAAACAUGAUUAAAAGUACUUACCUUUGAUGAUUAGCACACCUCCGUUUUUCCACAGCGUUCUGAGACCCAGAAAUUUGAACAGUUUGUCCAAACACCCUUCAGACUGGGUGACGGGGCAUAAUUUGCCCUGAUAAAUCGCUUUUUACACCGUUAUCUAUCUCAAAGUGAACUGAAAAUAACAUAGACAUACAUAUACAUAGACUCUGCAUAGCGUAGCAGCCGGCGCUAGAAAUAAUGGCAGUGCUUGGACCUGAAGCCAGCAUUAAAGGAUGUAAACAGUGUUUUUUAUUAAGCUUCUUGUGCACUUUUUAAGUUAUUAAUGUCUCAUUUUAAAUGUCAGGGCUCUCCGGAUUCUAGUAAGGAGGUGUGAAGCUACUUUGAGCUGGAUAACAGUGGAAAAAGCGAUUUAUCUGGGCACAUUAUGCCCCGUGUCACCCAGUCUGAAGGUUGUUUGAACAAACUGUUAAAAUACUGGAUCUCGGAAUGCUGUGGGAGAACAAAAGUGUGCUAUUCAUCAAAGUUAAGUACUUUUUAUCAUGUUUUACUACAACAAAAGUCCUUUUACACCAGAGUUCUCCUUUAAAGUAGCUCCACACUUUAGACCUAAUCUCUGGGUGCCGCCAUCACUGUACUGAUAAUAUCUUUACUUUAAGAUGGCGACGCCCAAGAUUAGGCCUCAUUUUAAAAGUCAGGGCUCUCUGGAUUCUACCAGUGAGGUGUGGAGCUACUUUAAGUCUGGAUAUCAGAAAGCUGCAGGAGAGCGGAGGUGGGCUAUUCAACAAGGAUAACUACUUUUUAUCAUAUUUACCUACAUGAUAAAGAAGUCAAUUUUACAUCAGAGUUCUCCUUUAAUAGAAGUGCAUGUAAAAAAGAUUUUAUUGCAAAUUGUUUUGGAGCAUUCAUAUUGGUCCAGUCAUCAUUAAAUUGACAUGGAUACAAUGUGAACAGUGCUUUAAGUGGAGCAGUAGCUACAUCUAUUCACUAUCUAUUCAGCAGCCAUCUUUCCAAUCACACAAGAGCAGGCUCCCAUCUCUCUGAAUGGGCCAAUGAUCAAAAUACUAUAAAAUAAAGGUCAAAUAACUGGUUUUAGAACAGUUUUAAACCACUGAUUAAAUCUGCUAUAAAUGCAGUGAACGGUGUGUAGCACAUACAGGGGUUGGACAAUGAAACUGAAACAUCUGGUUUUAGAGCACAAUAAUUUAUUGUCCCGGCGGACAGUUCUGGUGGAAACAGGAGAGUUGAGGUGCACAUUGAAUUCUGCCGUGAUUUGAUCAGCCGUGGUUUUAUGUUUUUUUUUGGUUACAAUCCGGGUUAGCACCCGAACAUCCCUUUCAGACAGCUUCCUCUUACAGCGUCCACAGUUAAUCCUGUUGGAUGUGGUUGGUCCUUCUUGGUGGUAUGCUGACAUUACCCUGGAUACCGUGGCUCUUGAUGCAUCACAAAGACUUGCUGUCUUGGUCACAGAUGCUCCAGCAAGACGUGCACCAACAAUUUGUCCUCUUUUGAACUCAUAAUGUUGUGAGCAUUGCAAUAUUUUGAGCAGAACUGUGCUCUUACCCUGCUAAUUGAACCUUCACACUCUGCUCUUACUGGUGCAAUGUGCAAUUAAUGAAGAUUGGCCACCAGGCUGCUCCAAUUUAGCCAUGAAACCUCCUACACUAAAAUGAUGACAGGUGUUUCAGUUUCAUUGUCCAACCUCUGUAGAUGCAUAAUGCAGGAAAUACAUGAUUAUUUUUUGGCUAGAUCAGGCUACUGCACUUGCACAGAUCUCCACAUUGAGUGUUUUUUUUCUAUCCUGAUUGACACAGUUUAUAACUAGAAACCUGAAGAGUAAGUACUGGUAUCACUACAAGCACUAAAUGUAAAAAACAAAUGCUAGAUUACUAUUAUGCCAACCUAAAAGUAAAACAGAAAGAUUAUGAUACAUGGUUUUUGCAUGAUAGCAAUGAUACAGUACAUAAUGUACAGCUCUGGAAAAAAAGUAAGAGACCACUUCAGUUUCUGAAUCAGUUAAUUCUGCUAUUUAUAGGUGUAUGUUUGAGUAAAAUGAACAUUGUUGUUUCAGAAAAUGAGAAAUGGCUGAAAUAACAAAAAAAGAUGCAGAACUUUCAGACCUCAAAUAAUGCAUAAAGUUUAUAUUCAUAAAGUUUUAAGAGUUCAGGAAUCAUGAUUUGGUUUUUAAUAACAUCUUCCAUUUUAUGCUUCUUGGCAUCAUGUUCUCCUCCACCAGUUUUACACACUGCUUUUGAAUAACUUUAAUCCUUUACUCCUGGUGCAAAAAUUUAAGCAGUUCAGCUUGGUUUGAUGGCUUGUGAUCAUCCAUCUUCCUCUUGAUUAUAUUCCAGAGGUUUUUUAAUUUGGUAAAAUCAAAGAAACUCAUCAUUUUGAUGUGGUCUCUUAUUUAUUUUUCCAGAGCUGUACUACACACAGACAAAUACAGUGCAGUUGUAUUUUAUUUUGCUAAAUUCUGCAGUAUUGCACUUUUUAUUGAUUUAUCUGAAGGUAAUUUUUACCUUUUACUCUCUUUACUUACUUAUUAUUUUUACAGUUCAGUGCCAAAGCCUGUAAUAGCUAAUAACUCUGUACACAGCAGAACGCCCAGCGCGUACUCGGCAGUAGAGGAGACGAACUCAAAGAAUCAAAGAGCCGUAGCGUUUCUGUUCAGAUAAAAAAUAAAACAAAACACGUGUAUAAUACGACACCCAGAUCCUCUACCAUUUUUCUUAAAAGUCUCAUUGUCAGCUGUAAAUUGCUCAUCGAGGUGUUUCUCCACAUCACCCAGUCUUUCUCCUCCUCAUGGUUACGGUCUCUAUUCAGAUGUCUACUGCUUGUUGAAUGUCAUCCGGGUCAUUAGUGAGUGCCAUUGUGAUCUCUCCAGUCUUUCCAGUGUCUCCAGUGUCUCCAGUGUCUCCGGUGUCUCUGGUGUCUCCGGUUGGCGUGCAUGCCUGUUUCUGGUCAUCCUGUUCGUGUAAAUGAAGCUCAUCUCUGCAUCCUCAGACCCCAGAGCCAGCGUUAUUAUUAUUCACCUUGUUACUGAGAACAGAAAUGUGACAUUCUGGGCAAAAACAGAACAAAAGAACAAGAAAAGAAAAUUCUACCCAUUCUUCUUUAUAAAACUAAAGAAAAAGGCAACACUCACUACGUAACUUUUCCUUUCGAUUCUCGUCAGAGGGGGAAAUAAAAGGCUGUGAAAUGACGAAGAGGCGAAGAGUGGAGCACCAAUCAGAAAGCAUUAACCCAAGCCAGGCAAAUAACGGUCAAUAAGUGGUCUUCUCCUUGUGUUUCCUUGUGUUUUUUAUCAUCGUUUGUUUUCUCCAAGGUUCCCGUUGAUAACCUCCGUUUUUUUAAAUACGGAAACUGUUUCGGCGAGUCCGUUUUGUGGUUUUUAAAAGAAAAGAGCAGCUCAGUCCAUUGGGUUUUGCUCUGAAUAUACAGUAGAGGUCUGAAGGCAUGUGCACCCGGCUGAAGUGUCGAUAUGGAGGCUUACUUGCACUCUGUAUUUCCUUGACGUGUAAACAUAUUGCCAAAGACAAUUUCAUCAAUAUGUAAAUAUCACUCUGUCCAUCACAAUGGAGAAAAAAAAGAUUACUUUUUAUUUUUUGUUUGUUUGUUUUUUUCCAACCUGACAUCGAGUUUCUGUGCUGUAUUGUCUUCCAGUUGCAAUAAAAAAAAGAGUUGCAAAGGUGA